AUGUUCAGCGCCAUCAAAUCCUUUCCGAUUCAAACCAAACCAGCCGUUUCUACUCUCUUCGCCACCUCAAACAACUUCGCCGGAAAAGCAACUCCGGUCUUCCGAACUGUAAGAUUCCAACAGGCAUCCGCAGGAGCCGAAGAGGCUGAGAACAUGGAGAAGAAAGAAGAAGCUCAGGAAGCUCAAAAAAAGGGGGAUGUGAUGUCACAUUCGUUUGGGGAAGGGUACGCUACGAGAUCAGAUGAGGAAGGUUUUGGAGGAAUUUACGGAGGCAACCAAUCGCUUUCUCAUGACGAUGAAGAUAAGGACGUCCAUGGCAAUCAUCCUGAUUAUGACAAGACACAAGGAAGUGAGGUGAAGGAGAAGGAAAAAGCUCGACAUCAAACGCAGGCACACUAG